UUUAUGUUGCUGCAAAUCCUAAUCCUCUUCUUCCUUUAUCACCCUUUCAAAUUUUCCCUAUUUACCUUCUUCUCAAAUUUUCUUCUCUGCAUUGUUCUUCUGCAGCGCAAGAACAAUGGACAGUGGCGGCCACUACAACCCCCGCACCGUCGAAGAGGUUUUCCGGGACUUCAAGGGCCGCAGGUCUGGCAUGAUCAAAGCCCUUACCACUGAUGUUGAGGAGUUUUACCAGCAGUGCGAUCCUGAAAAGGAGAACCUAUGUCUAUAUGGAUUCCCCAAUGAACAAUGGGAAGUUAACUUGCCAGCUGAAGAAGUUCCUCCAGAACUUCCCGAGCCUGCAUUGGGCAUAAACUUUGCUAGGGAUGGGAUGCAAGAAAAGGACUGGUUAUCUUUAGUUGCUGUUCACAGUGAUGCAUGGUUACAGUCAGUGGCUUUCUACUUUGGAGCGAGAUUUGGUUUUGAUAAAGCUGACAGGAAACGCCUGUUCACUAUGAUUAAUGAUCUGCCUACUAUAUUCGAGGUCGUAACUGGAUCUGCAAUGAAACAGGCAAAGGAGAAGUCGUCAGACCGCAACAGCAGCAAAUCAAAGUCCGGUUCAAAGCGAGGAUCUGAGUCUGUGAAGUAUGUAAAGCAAGAAGUGAAGGAGGAGGAAGUAUUGGACGAAGAAGAAGACGAGGAACAUGGGGAGACCUUGUGUGGUGCUUGUGGGGAGAACUACGCAUCCGAUGAGUUCUGGAUUUGUUGCGACAUAUGCGAGAAGUGGUUUCAUGGCAAGUGUGUGAAGAUCACUCCUGCCCGGGCUGAGCACAUUAAACACUACAAGUGCCCCUCAUGCAGCAACAAGAGAGCAAAACCUUGAUAUCAUAUAUAUAAUAGGGUUAUGGGGUAGGUAUCAGACCCCUGUAAAUCAUGCUGGACUGCUAACUUGUUAGUUCCUUAGGCAUUCUGCAUUGUACCCUGUUGGUGCAUCGUAGGUAUUCACUAGUUUGGUCUCUAGUCAACUCAAUGUGGAUAUAAUUAUUCAACAUUUGAUAGUUUUCUGCUUCUGAACUUCUAUAACCUGUUCCCCUUCAUUGGGAUAUGUCUGUUCUUAUUACCUUACAACAUAUGUGCAGCAGCUUCAUUUGUGCU